ACUUUGGAGACUCUCUCAGACGUUCAAGUUAAGGAUAUUACAGGCACAUCAUUUAGCCUAAGCUGGACGCAGCCAGCGGUCGACAGAAGCAGCUCCUUCGAAUACAAAGUUACCCUGAAGUCAACAAAUAACCUAGACAUUGCCGAAAGGAGUUUCUUCUGUGAAACAACAACCCUGGAGACGGGAGAAGUGUCUUGCCAAGUUGACGAUGUAUACACCGAUGUGGGCUAUUCGGUCUCUUUGACAGCCUGUGCAACAGCCAAUUUGUGCGCAGCUCCUUCGGAACCAAUAAUUAUCAAGCCUGCAAUGAAAGAUGGAUACACUUUACAUCCGCCUACAAUCGAAUCCCGUUUCAUCACUGUCAGUUGGUCGAGCAGUCAAGCAAAGCCGGGCAAUGAGUUCAGAGUCCUGGUAAAUUCUUCCGUCGUGGAGACCUGCGCUCCCGAAGUCACCGUCGGCGAGCACAGCUGUCAGAUUAGUGGACUUCUGCCUACCCAGAAAUACAAUGUCAAGAUCGUUGAAUGUCAGAAGGGCACACACGUCUGUGGAGACCUUUGCAGUUUUCUGGUGCAAACAACCACUGACGGACGACUACACAGUAUGCUUACCGACCUAGCAAAGGAUAUAGAUCAUCCAACGACGGCACCCUCUGAUCCAUCCAGUCAGCUAAUGAUCCGUGUUGCCUACUCAACGCUUGGUGUCCCCGCAGUUGGCAACCUCAAAGCCGUCUCCGCAGUGAUUACGCCGGUUGCUAUGGGCAACCCCCCGGAGGGUCCAAACUGGUCAUCCGUGUCGAGUAAUCCUGCGGAAUCGUCCAAAGUGCUGCAAAUGGUCGGUGGGGUAAGUGAAGGCCAGUCAUUCGUGCUACAGCUGAGGGGCGAAAUGUUUUGA